ACAUAAUAAUAAUAAUUAUAAGAACAAGAAUCCAAUACUAAUAUUUGGACACUAAUUAGUAAAUAAAGUUUCUGUAAUAUAUUUUUAAUACAACCUAUAUCUAUUACGUAAUGCAUAUAAAAUAACAUACAUUAUAUUACUACCUCAUGUAUAUGAAAUGUGUUUGUAUUCUAAUAUAUAGUAAUUAUUACGUUUGCGUUCAAAAUAAAACACUUUCAACUAACUAACACGUGUUUAAUAAAAAACUAUUUACCGUGAAAAUUCAUGAAAUAACCUGUCUGAAUCGCGUACACUUCUACCAGGAAGUUAUAACCUCUGAGGAUGCUGGGGCUGUUCAAUUCCAGUGCAACGAAACUCUGCCCAAUCCCGCCCCUUUUCAAAUAAACUUCACCCCAUUUAUCGUGGCGCAGAUCCAGAACUUUAAUUGCAUUGAUAACUUCAUUUUUCGAACAGUUUACAGUGAAUGUAUCCGUUCUCACCCAAAUCGCUGGAUUUUGUUGAUGGACUUGUUGGUAGAUCAGUUUGGAGUUUAAGUCCGGGUAUCCGAGUAUUAAAUCGUGUGCGAAAAUAUUCACAAUUGGAAUUAAUAAAAUUAUUUUGAAAAACAUUAUACAACGAUCCUAUAGUUAUGAUUGUGACACAAUGAGAUGAAAAUACGUAGUGGCAAUAUGGGUCUCCUGGAGUUCGAGAAAUGGUCAAACCAGCCAGGGCUUUUCUCUGAAAAGUCAAGGUUUUGUGCCCGGUUGCGAGGCCUGACACCAGGGCAGCGUCGAAUAUGCCGUCAUCAUAAGGACCAUAUGCCGACUGUUAGUGCUGGGGUCCGGAAGGGAAUUGAAGAGUGCCAGUAUCAGUUUCAAGGGCGAAGGUGGAACUGUACCAUCACGAGUGAUGAGACGGUAUUUGGACCUUUGACUUUAAUAGCGUCCCGCGAAACUGCAUUUACCCACGCUAUAACAGCUGCUGGAGUGUCAUUGUCCAUCUCGCGAGCAUGUCGAGAUGGAAGUCUCGCGUCAUGUGGUUGCAGCCGCGCGUCACGGCCACGACACUUACAUAAUGAUUGGGUGUGGGGUGGAUGUGGGGAUAACCUGGAGUAUGGAUACAAGUUCACAGAAAGCUUUGUAGAUGUCCGCGAGAGGGAGGGGAAAGUGAAAAGAGGCAGCCGGGAACAGGGACGACAGUUAAUGAACAGACACAAUAAUGAAGCUGGCAGACGGGCUGUUAUCAAGAAAUCUCGUGUCACAUGUAAAUGUCACGGUGUUUCGGGGUCCUGUAGUCUCAUCACGUGCUGGCAGCAAUUAGCUACAUUCAGGGAAAUUGGUGACUAUCUCCAUGAGAAAUACGAAGGAGCGACGGAGGUGAAAGUAUCAAGACGUGGCAAGCUACGCGUGGGUAAUCCUAAUUAUAGUCUGCCCACGCCGCAGGACCUCGUCUACUUGGAGGAAUCACCUAAUUAUUGUAUUAAAAACGAAACAUUGGGUUCCUUCGGCACUACCGGCCGAAAUUGCAACAGAACGUCACCAGGCAUAGAUGGAUGUGCAAUAAUGUGUUGCGGCCGGGGCUACAAUACAAAACGGGCCGUUAUAAAAGAGCGAUGCGAUUGUAAAUUUCACUGGUGCUGCCGUGUUGAUUGUAAUAUUUGUGUCAAAACUGUCGAAAUACAUACUUGUAAAUAGGACAUGACGGGUUAUAGUGCAAAAAUGGCUUAUGUGUAGUAACUCAGUUAAAUAGCUGCGUAUUACUUUAGUAAGACAUACUUAUACUAUGUUAAAUCCUUGAGAUUCCAGAGCGUGUUAAUAGGCAGCAAAAGAGAAAACUCUCAUAUUAGAAUGACACAAGUUUUUCAGGCAUCAAAUUCAGUCGUAUCCAUAGACUAAAAACAAAUUAAUUCUAAUUCUUGAAUCUUCUAAUAUUCGUCUAGGUAUAGGUAAUAAGUAUUUAUGGUUGAAAAACUCAUAGAACUUUAGUAAAAAUAUUUGAUGUAUGUAGUAUUUUAUGUAUUUGUACUGGACAUAUAUUUUUUAUCUUAAACAUUUAUAAAGAGGCUAAAAUUUACUACUCAUUACAAAUGCGUAAUAUUAUUUAAUAAUUAACUAUAGGUUACAUUCCAAUUGUACUUAAUUAGAUAUAAACAAGUAGUAUGUCAGACUUUGUGUUGUUAAACAACAAUGAAUGUUUUACUGACUAAGAGACGAGGCGGGCUUUAGUUUUUGUGAUUAUUAUUUAAUUGACAGAUCAAGUAGAGUUAGUUAAAGUGACAAUUUACAUGUCACCACAAUU